GUGAACUGGGUGAGAAGGUAGCAGCUCACUUGUCACACAGCUCAAGUCGUUGUAAAGCUUCCAUUUCAUUGGAAAGUUGCCUGAAAACUACAAGCGGUUCCUAGUCAGUCCUUAUGACAAUGAAAUUGUUGAGACAGUUUGGAUUUUUCAGCGGACGAUUUAAAGAGCACUGGAAUCGCCAGAGUGGGAAAAUCACUCAGCAGCAGUGUGUAUGGGUUCAUGUGAACAGUCCUUCUGCUUUGAACAUCAGCUAUGUCCAAGGUCCUACUUCUGUGUCUCUCCUCUCUCUGACUGUUGGUCAAAGUUUACAAACAACAGUGAAUAAUUGGCCUGACAGAGAGGCCAUGGUCUUUGUUCAAGAUGGAGUUCGAAAAACAUUCUCUCAGUUUCAGCAUGAAGUGGAUCAUCUGGCUGCUGGUCUUCUUGCACUCGGUUUGCAAAAGGGCGACAGGCUCGGCAUCUGGGGACCAAACACUUAUGAAUGGAUUUUGUUCCAGUUUGCCACAGCAAAGGCUGGAAUUAUCAUGGUGUCUUUGAAUGCAGCUUACAAAGUCAGUGAGUUGGCAUUUGCCCUGAAAAAGGUGCAGUGUAAUGCAGUGGUGUGUCCUACUCAGUUCAAGAGCCAGAGAUUCUAUGAUAUUUUGAGACAGAUCUGCCCAGAACUCGACACUGCAGUAUCUGGUAGUAUUAGGAGUACAAGGUUGCCAGAUCUGCGGAAUGUAAUUGUGACGGACAGCAAGGAGUCUGGUACGUUGCAUAUAGAUGAUGUGAUGCAAGCUGCAGAGAGUCGGCACCACCAGCAGCUGGAUAGCUUACAGAAGAUUCUAAGGCCAGAAGACCCCAUCAACAUUCAGUUUACAUCGGGUACCACAGGGAACCCAAAAGGUGUCACUCUGUCCCACCACAACAUUGUAAACAAUGCGUAUUUCGUUGGGCUACGCCUGGGCUACAGCUGGAGAACAGAAGUGCGAAUUUGUGUUCCUGUGCCCUUGUAUCACUGCUUUGGGUCUGUUUUGGGUGGAAUGUGCAUGGCAGUACAUGGCAUCACACUGGUCUUUCCUUCAGCUGCAUAUGAUGGACAGGCAAAUGUGGAGGCUAUUCAGAAAGAGAAAUGCACAGUUAUCUAUGGUACCCCAACAAUGUAUAUUGACUUGCUGAAUCAAGGAAACACUGAGAACAAUAACUUGUCCUCACUUGAGACAGGGGUCAUGGGUGGAUCCUCGUGUCCCCCUGAAGUCAUUCGGAGAGUGAUACGUGACAUGAAGAUUAAGGAGAUAACGGUGGCUUAUGGAACUACAGAAAACAGUCCGAUCACAUUUCUGGGGUUUCCUUUGGACAGGCUGGAGCUUAAGACUGAUAGUGUUGGGUACAUCAUGGACCAUACUGAGGCUAAAGUUGUGGAGUCAUCGUCCGGACAACUGCUUCCUCUGGGCCAAUCUGGAGAGCUGCUCAUUCGAGGUUACUGUGUCAUGCAGGGCUACUGGGAUGAGCCUGACAAAACACAGGACAUCAUCUCAGAGGAUGGCUGGUACAAGACUGGUGAUAUUGCUACACUCAGUCAAUAUGGCUACUGUCGUAUCGAGGGACGCAUAAAGGACAUGAUUAACCGUGGUGGGGAAAAGAUCUUCCCUGCUGAGGUUGAACAGUUUCUUUACACACAUCCAAAAGUGAAAGAUGUUCAGGUGGUCGGUGUGAAAGACAGUAGGCUGGGGGAGCAGGUUUGUGCAUGCAUCAAGAUAGCAGAAGGUCAGCACUGCACCGUGGAGGAGAUCAAGGCUUACUGCAAAGGCCAGAUCUCCUACUACAAAAUCCCACAUUAUGUGAUGUUCGUUGAGGGCUAUGCACUUACUGCUUCAGGCAAAAUCCAGAAGAAUAAACUGCGCGCAGAAAUGGAGAACAGACUCGGACUGUGAUGCUGUCUCAACAGUACGUCUGAAGAAUACGGAUCUGUAGAAGCUAGUUGCAUAUUUUAGCAUGUUUGAGAUUAGACUUUUUAAAAUUAAUUCAAAUGGAUGAUCAAUCACAUUUAUAGUGACAUUUUAAACUUUAUUGGACAACCGUUUUAUAAUUAUAUUUUGAAUCACUAUACAAUAUGUAAAAUUCACUCUUCCUCUCAAAAACAUGCCAUAAGGAAUUUGAAAUAAAUUAAUG